AUGAUGUCUUCUCACUCCGAACUCAUCGUUCAUCAUCACGCGGUAACGCGCGACUAUAUUUCACAACCUCGCUUGACCUACCGAACCGUUUCUGGGGUACAUGGGCCGUUGGUGAUUUUGGAUGAUGUGAAAUUUCCCAAGUACGCAGAAAUCGUGCGCAUUACUCUCGCCGAUGGCACGCAUCGAACUGGUCAAGUAUUGGAGGUCAGUGGCAAAAAAGCGGUUGUACAAGUUUUCGAAGGAACCAGCGGUAUCGAUGCAAAGAACACGACUUGCGAAUUUACUGGGGAUAUUUUGCGGACUCCCGUGUCCGAGGAUAUGUUGGGACGCAUUUUUAAUGGCUCUGGGAAACCGAAGGAUAAAGGUCCUUCCAUCUUAGCUGAAGACUAUUUGGAUAUCUACGGUCAACCAAUUAACCCAUGGUCCAGAAUAUACCCAGAGGAGAUGAUUCAGACUGGUAUAUCCAGUAUCGAUGUUAUGAAUUCUAUUGCACGUGGCCAGAAGAUUCCCAUAUUUUCGGCUUCCGGAUUACCUCAUGAUGAAAUCGCUGCACAGAUCUGCCGACAGGCUGGUUUGGUGAAAAUGUCAGACAAAGCAGUCAAAGACUCCGAUGUGGACAAUUUCGCCAUUGUCUUUGCAGCAAUGGGCGUUAACAUGGAAACCGCAAGGUUUUUUAUGCAAGAUUUCAAAGAAAACGGCUCUAUGGAAAAUGUGUGCCUUUUCCUCAACCUUGCAAAUGACCCAACAAUAGAGCGUAUCAUCACUCCACGAAUUGCCCUAACAACAGCUGAAUAUCUUGCUUACCAAUGCGAGAAACACGUAUUAGUUAUUUUGACGGAUAUGAGCUCAUAUGCAGAGGCUUUGAGAGAGGUGUCGGCUGCUCGUGAAGAGGUUCCAGGUCGUCGCGGUUUCCCCGGCUACAUGUAUACCGACUUGGCAACAAUUUAUGAACGUGCUGGGCGAGUUGAAGGCCGGAGUGGCUCAAUCACCCAGAUUCCAAUAUUGACCAUGCCCAACGACGACAUAACUCAUCCCAUUCCCGAUUUGACGGGAUACAUAACAGAAGGUCAAAUUUACGUUGAUCGCCAGCUUCAUAAUCGACAAAUUUAUCCUCCAAUCAAUGUCCUCCCUUCACUGUCUCGGCUCAUGAAGUCGGCUAUCGGAGAGAACAUGACGAGAGAGGAUCAUGCGGAUGUAUCCAAUCAACUGUACGCUUGUUAUGCCAUUGGUAAGGAUGUGCAAGCUAUGAAGGCUGUCGUCGGAGAGGAAGCAUUGAGCCCGGAGGAUCUCCUAUAUUUAGAAUUUCUUUCCAAAUUUGAAAAAAGCUUCAUCGCUCAAGGCGCGUAUGAAAACCGAAGCAUUUUUGACUCGCUGGACAUCGGUUGGGAACUCUUGCGAGUCUUCCCCAAAGAAAUGCUCAAACGUAUCCCGGUGAAAAUUCUUGACAAGUUCUAUCCCCGAUAG